AUGGCUGCGGGGGAGACUCAGCUCUACGCCAAGGUCUCCAGCAAGCUCAAGGGCCGAAGCACCGCCUCGCUCCUGGACCCCCUCCUGGCCAUGGGCUACCCCACACAUACCGCGCUCAAAGCGCUAGCAGCCACAGGAAGGAAGACGGCAGAGGAGGCCGCAGACUGGCUACAUGGCCACUGCAGUGACCCUUCACUGGAUGACCCUAUACCUCAAGAGUAUGCACUCUUCCUCUGCCCCACGGGGCCUUUGCUGGAAAAACUCCAAGAGUUCUGGAGGGAGAGCCGACGCCAGUGUGCAAAGAACAGAGCUCACGAGGUCUUCCCUCACGUGACGCUCUGUGACUUUUUCACGUGUGAAGACCAGAAAGUCGAGUGUUUGUACGAGGCUCUGAGGCGAGCAGGGGACAGGAUCCUGGGCUCCUUCCCCGCCCUGGUUCCUCUUGCUCUCCAUUCUUCCACCAGCUACCUCGGCUUCUUCAUCGACGACAGCCCCGCCGACAUCAUCCGGGAAUUCGCCGCGGCGUUCGCCUCUGAGGCCUCAGUCUUGGCAGACUGCACCGUCAAGCCGUGCACCAAGCAGCUGCACCUGACCUUGGCCCACAAGUUCUACCCUCACCACCAAAGGACCCUGGAGCAGCUGGCCAGAGCCAUCCAGCCCAGCCACACCUGCCAGUGGACGGCUGCUCUGUACUCCCGAGACAUGCGUUUUGUGCACUACCAGACCCUGAAGGCGCUGUUCCAGUACAAACCCCAGAACGCGGACGAGCUAAUGCUCAUUCCUGGUGACUACAUCUUCGUGGACCCUACUCAGCAGGAGGAAGCCAGCGAGGGCUGGGCCAUCGGGACCUCACAUCAGACUGGCUGCCGGGGCUUCUUGCCGGAGAACUACACGGAGCGAGCCAAUGAGGCUGACACGUGGGUGAAGCACAGAACAUACACAUUCAGUCUUGCCAUGGACCUGAACUCUAGGAGGGAUGGUGAAGCCAUCAGCAGGAGAAAUGGGGAAUCCCACACCCCGUCAAUGCCAAGGAGCGUUAGCAGCAUUCAGGCCCUGCAGGCGACCAUCGCGAGAAGAGGUGUUCUGGUAGCACGCCAUGGGGAGAGAGUGGACCAGGUCUUCGGGAAGUCUUGGCUACAACAGUGCACUACGGCUGAUGGAAAAUACUACAGGCCAGACCUGAACUUCCCCCGCAGCCUGCCCAGGAGGAGCAAUGGCAUCAAAGACUUUGAAAACGAUCCACCAUUAUCAUCCUGCGGAAUUUUCCAGGCCAGACUUGCUGGAGAGGCCCUGCUGGACAGCGGCGUCAGAAUCACGGCAGCCUUUGCCUCUCCGGCCCUGCGCUGUGUGCAGACAGCCAAGUACAUCCUGGAAGAACUUAAACUGGAGAAGAAGCUGAAGAUACGAGUUGAGCCUGGAAUCUUCGAAUGGAUGAAGUGGGAAGCCAGCAAGACCACUCUGACCUUCUUGACCUUGGAGGAGCUGAAAGAGGCGAACUUCAAUGUUGACCUUAACUACAGGCCUGCAUUUCCCCGCUCCUCCCUCAUGCCGGCCGAGAGCUAUGACCAGUAUGUGGACAGGUGCGCUGUGAGCAUGGGCCACAUCGUCGGCACGUGCCCACAGGACAUGGGCAUCACCCUCAUCGUGAGCCACAGCUCAGCACUCGACUCCUGCACGAGACCCCUCCUCAAGCUGCCGCCCAGAGAGUGUGCCGAUUUUGCCCAACUAGUGAGAAAGAUUCCAUCCCUGGGAAUGUGCUUCUGUGAAGAAAACAGAGAGGAAGGAAAGUGGGAGCUAGUGGACCCCCCAGUGAAGACUCUGACACACGGGGCCAACUCAGCCUUUAACUGGAGAAACUGGAUCUCCCGAAACUGA